AUGGGGUUUCAUGUGUGGCUGUUGGCAAUAGGUGCUGUCCUUCAAGGCUGCAACUCCAUGCAGUUCUCCUAUUUUGGUGCUUCCUUUGGCUUGGAAACUUCCUUGGUUAAUGCCACCUUGCAGGUGCGUGUGAAUUACAGAGGAGUCAAUCUACCAUGUUCCCAAAUCCCAGAUGAAAUUUGCGCUGCUUUAAACUGCUCUUACUGCAGAACUCGAGCAGUGGAAGAAAGCAACUACACGACAAAUUGGUGCCUAGUAGAUGGAGAGACAGUAAUUAAUCACAGCACUAAUGCUCUGCAUAUAAGGUCAUAUGGUUGUUGUUGGCCACCAUUUAUGAAGUCUCCAAGGGAAACUGAGAAUUUGAAAUUUACAUUUUCUCUAUUUGUGGAUUUGGGAACACGCUCGGAUGAUGGAGCUGUCAAUAUACCUUCACAGCUGCCCCUGUUACCUGUCUUAAGGGUGCCUCAGAAUUGCAAUUCUACCUAUAAUCUUACUAUAUAUGAGGGGAAUGGAGAUGUUCUAAAUUGCCGUUAUGGACUACGGGCAAAACAUGAAUGUAUCCACUGUAACCAACAUCACUUUCUCACUUUGGAUCAGGAACAUUGUGUCCUUCAAUACAAUGGCCUUGGGACUAGUGGUGUGUACCCUGUGGAACUAAUGGUUGAAGAAUAUCCAAGAGAAACCAUUCUUCUGGCCCACAGUGAUGGGACACAGACAAUUUAUUCUGCUUUUGGAGAUGUUUCUUCCACUUUAUUCAUUCAAAGCACAAAACCCUUAAGCUCUAUCCCCAUGCAAUUUGCGAUCAUUGUGCAGAAGGCUAUAUCAGAAUGUGCAUUUGGAAUAUUUCGUCCUGCAUUUAUACAUCCAACACCUCCCAAUGGAGCAAGAAUAUAUGCUUCAGAUUCUGACGAGAUUAACUUCACAAUAAAUGCCAUCAGCUUAAAUGAAAGGAUCACUGCCUUUACAGUGGUGGGUCCCCAUGGAUUGCACAAGUCAGAUACCUGGAGUAUGGAUGACAGAUCUGUGUCCGUGAACGUUUCGUGGUCAGUGGGUGUACGUGGUGUUCCAAAGCAUGUUCCAGUGUGCUUUCUCUCAACAACAUCUUCAGGAUUACAGUCAGAACCACGAUGCAUUUGGAUUGUGCUGAAUUUGCUUGAAGAACAGUCACUAGCCCCAGAUUUGCAGUGUUUGUCCGAUGCAAUGAUUCUGUCUGCCCCAAGGAAUUUGGCAGCAAAUCUCCCGGAUGACAGUUUGCAACUCAAUGAUGCUUCCUGUAACAUCACUGGGAAUAGCACUCAUCUGCUGCUGGCAGUUCCCCUCUCAGAGUGUGGCACUGAAUUACUGGAAGAUGAAACUCAUUAUAUCUUCACAAAUAAAAUUGUCAGUCGGAACAGAAACAAAACAUCAAAGCAGCUGGAGAGGGUGGCUAUCCCACUGAUGUGCAAAUUCCUUCGAUCCAGUAAAGGUAGUGAGCAAGCCAAUGUACUCAGUGAUGCUAUUGACAAGAUCUUUGAAGUCUACAGCUUUGAGAUCCAGUUCAGCAAAGAAUUCAACUCAAGCUGGAGCAUAGCUGGACCAGAUUCGCCAUUUAAUGCCACCAGUAAGGAUCACUUAUACAUGAGCAUCAUUGCCAAAAGCAACGAGACUGCCCUGUCGCUCCAUGUGGAGACUUGCCAGAUCCUUAAAGAGUAUAAUUCUUCAACAGGAGUUACACUUUUACGACAGGGCUGCUUAAAUAACAGCACAGCGAAGGAACAUCAAACCGAAAACCAAAAAGAGAAAGUGUACUCCAUCAAACUGUCCUCUUUACCGUGGCGCACUGGCCAGGUAUUUGUUACUUGCAGCGUCCAGUUAUGUGCCCGUACAUCCAGUUCCAGCUCAUGCACAGUGGGAUGUGGCUCUGGCAGUGGUUCACAAGCCCAUCAGUCAAACAUGCAACAAGUCAGCGCUGGACCAGUUCACAUCACAAAGGAGAGUGACUUUGGUGCUAACUACGCUGUCAUUACAGUUGGACUCGCAUUAGGAGGCACUGUGAUCUAUAUUGUUUUGAUCCUGUUGAAGAGAUCUUUUGUGGGACUAUACUACAAAGGCAAUACUAGAUCAACUCGAUCCAGACGAUUCUGAUAAGUCAAAGGGCCUAGCACUGUGCCUUUCUGGACAUCUAAUGUGGUUCUGCUCUUUGGAUUUUUCCUCUUACAGCUCCCUCUGCUGUUAAUUAGAUGCCUCACACCCUACACUUGCAGAUUUCAGAAUUGUGUGUGGCUCUCUAUGGGUCGGAAUAGAUCAAGUAAUUGUUUUCUGAAAAUUGAAUUCCAGUUCACUCACAGCCAUUUCAGCAAUAUUCAUGCUAUUUUAUUCACAUUGAUUAAAAUUAUUUUUAAAGUACCUGAAUUGAAUACUGGGUUGAGCCACUCCUCUUAAAUCCUGCCUCUAACUUUGUAAGAAUUAGAGUUAGUUCUUCUGCUUUUUGUUAUGAGUUCAUAUGGAAUGAGAAUUUCUAGCCUCUCCAUGCUUGCCUUCUUUUCAUUUCUCUCCCAUCUCUUGCUCUUUUACUCCCAUAAACACCAUACUGUCUUCCACACUGUUCAAGUACCAAGCCAAUCUCUAUAUUAAAGUUGCCAUCACUUCUUAAAACUACUGAUCCCAUCAGUCCUUGCAUUUCCAUCUCUAAUCUCUUUCCUUUCCAAAGUUCUUGAACAUAUUUCAGCCGCUCAAAUUCAUUUUCUUUGUCUAAAAUUUCUUCUUAACAUCCCCUCAAUCAGAUUUCCUCUCAUACUGCAGUAUGAAAAGGCUCUGAUCAAAGUUACAAAUGACAAUCUCUCAUCAAUGUUCUCUGCCAUGGUUGACCACACAACACUGCUCCUCUACUGUUGACUCAUCAGGUGGAACUUCAGUUGUUUGGUUCCUAUCAAUCCAAAGGUGGUCACAAAAUUCCCAGCUUUGGCACCGUGCUGUUACCUGUUAUAACCCCCUAUGAGUCUAUACUUGCUGCCAGGAAACAUUAUUUGAAAACAGCAGUAUUCAUACAUAGGUAACAUCCAGUUCUGCCUCUGUCUUGAUCUCUCUACCAACUCUAAAUUGUCAGAUACCUUGUCAAACUUCUAGUACUGGAUGGUCAAACAUCUUCUCUCCAUUUCUCCUCUUGGCAAAUGUCCAGAACUGAAUCAGGCAGCUUAAAGAUUACAGCCAUAAUAAAGCUUUGGACUACUAUUCCAUACUGGGACAAGACCUGCUUAUUUUCACUUCCCUAAUAUUGCCCAACUCAUCUGCUUCAGCUCCCCUGCAUACAAGCUUUUUUAUUUCCCACUCCUAAGCCUCCAAACCCAAGUUAUCUUUUUCUAGUGUUGAGAACCUGACAGCAGGUAAACUUCUCUAUCAUGUCCUAACAUGUAGAAAACAUACAUUCAUCAUCUUUGAGCUACACUGGCUCACACUUGGGUCUUAAAAUUCUUGUCUUUACUUUCAAUCCUUCCACAGAUUCCUCUCAACAUCUCUGUACAUGGUUAUACAAUCAGAAGAGGUGACAAAGGUUUUGAGAGGAAUUGUGGAAAAUGUGGUAGACAAAAUGGCCCAUUUCUGUUCUGUAUGACACUCCUGCAAGCAGUCUUGGGACAUUUUGCUAGGAGUUAUACAUGUGGAAGUGUUUUGUAUGGUUAAUUAGCUUGGACCCCCUAGUUGCUCAAAUGUCAAAUAUAACUACAACCAUAAUCAUAAACAUUUGUUGACAUAAAUUAUUGCAAAUCGGCAUCCAAUAUUCCACCAAUCAGGACUAUACCUCCAAAUCAUCAACUCCCCCAUAAUGUUAACUUUAAUAGAGUUCCACUUGGCACUGGGGAAAAGUCGAUUCAAUGGCCUGCACCCCAAUCUUCUGAGAGUGCCAACACCUGUAAGGAUCAGUUGCUUAUAAUUGCCAAAUAAAAAGCAAGUACACCCUCAUUUCCCCCAUCAUUUCAAAUUAAUUAAGCAUCAGCAAGAGUUUGCACCUAGGCAUGGAUGAUUUUUCCCAAUUUAAAUACUGACAUGCUUAUCUUGUGAGAGAAGUACUGUACAUCAACAGAAAGCAAGAGUAGGAACCCUGACUGAGCUUUAUCCCCUUUGAAUUAACACUGAGCUCUCUGAAUGCCCAGCCCAAUUAAGGUUAGUAAAUUUAGCAGACCAAGAAUGAAAGCUGGGGCACUUCCAACACAAUGGAAAGCUGGAAUACAAUUUCCAGACAGAUUAACUGUCAAGUAUGAGAUUUGAAGCAAAAAAUUAUUUUCCAUGAAAAAUACAUAUGACAUUAAAACACUUUCUCCCUCCAUUUUAACUGCAACAGCUAAUCUGGUAUAAACACCCAUUUAUAUUUAGGGAUGCAAUUGACCACAACUCUACAGCAUAGUUUGGGACUGGACAACCUGACUUUUGAAUAGGAUAUUUGGAAAGUUCUGGAACAGUAGUUUUAUUGGUAUUUGAGCCAGGUCUCAUCCUCUACUGUGCACCUAUUAGGCUUGCAAACUCCAAUGAGAUUGAACAAUAUACCAUUUAAGAAUGAAUACUUUAAGCUAUUGUGCUGAAGUUGUUAGAACGAAAAGGCACAAUGACCCAGGUAAAGUCCUGCUACAUCCCCAGACCAGCCUCCAACUUUCACUGCCAUGCAAGCUCUUCAGUUUGUUAACUGUGGCUGUAUCAAAACUUUACUCCUCAACAUCUAGGAACACCAGAAAUAAACACGUAAAUAAGAACUUUACCUUAGAUUCACAUCCUUUAAAAACAUUCUUAAUCUCAAGGUUUUAUAAUCUUUGUAAGCUCCAGAUCAGACCCACUGCACUGAUGCAUGUAUUUCUCAACUACUACGGCACAAUGCCCCUUUUCUGGUGGGACUAAAAGCAGAGAGGGCUUUAAAAUGGUUUAAAGUCAAAGGAAUGUUAACAGUUUGAUGUUUUGUCCCAGUAGUAUAUUAAAAAAAUAGAUCUUACCAGUCCAGAUUCUUUCAUCGCUGUAGUGGCAUUGCCAAAACAGAAGCUUUCAAGGUGGUCCUUUUCAUUGCCGAAGUUAUCCAACUCUUGAAAAUAAUACUUGGUCAAUUCAAUCAGUGGAACUGUUCCAGGACAUAAGGCAUUUCCCAGUCAGAACAGAAGCAACUCAACAUGUUAAAAAAAAAAGAGCAAACACGAGGAAAUCUGCAGGUGCUGGAAAUUCAAACAGCAACACACACAAAAUGGUGGUGGAACACAGUAGGCCAGACAGCAUCUAUAGGGAGAAGCGUUGUCGAAGUUUCGGGCCGAGACCCUUCGUCAGGACUAACCGAAAGGAAAGAUAG